AUGUUGCGUAACUCGGUUCAAGCCUUUCGUUUUGCAUCGAGCGCUGCCGCUGUGAAGCCGGCUGGAGCCAAUGUGAAGACCUUUGAGAUCUAUCGCUUCAAUCCCGACCAACCCGGUGCUAAACCAACUAUUCAGGUAUAUCAAUGAUCGGUUGUGUCAGAUAUUUUCAGAAAUAUGACAUUGACUUGAAUGCCUGUGGACCCAUGGUUCUGGAUGCCCUGAUCAAGAUCAAGAAUGAAGUGGAUCCCACUCUGACCUUUAGAAGAUCCUGUCGAGAAGGAAUCUGCGGAUCCUGCGCUAUGAAUAUUGGUGGCGAGAACACUCUGGCUUGUAUCUGCCACAUUGAUAAUGAUACCUCCAAGUCGACCAAGAUCUACCCCCUCCCUCACAUGUACGUUGUCAAGGAUCUGGUCCCCGAUAUGAACCUUUUCUACACUCAAUAUGCUUCUAUUCAGCCUUGGAUUCAGAAGAACAAUGGAUUGAAUCUGGGAGAGAGACAACUCCAUCAAAGCAUCGAAGAGCGAGAGAAAUUGGUAAGGAUUUGAUGAUGUUUUUAUAAUCUGCUUUUAUAAUAUGUAAUACAUAAUUUUUGGUGUUCAGGACGGUCUCUAUGAAUGUAUCCUUUGCGCUUGUUGUUCUACUAGUUGCCCUUCUUACUGGUGGAACGCUGACAAAUAUCUUGGUCCCGCUGUUUUAAUGCAAGCAUACAGGUAAGAAAUAUAAUUCUGUGUUACACUUGUAUUUACAAUCAUAAUUUUUCAGAUGGGUUAUUGACUCCCGUGAUGACAAAGUAGAAGAACGCCUGAGUCGCAUGCAGGAUGCCUAUUCCGCUUUCAAAUGCCACACUAUCCUUAACUGCACCAGAACCUGUCCUAAGGUGAGAUGGUCGAAUUAAGGCUUUCUGAGUCCUCGGAGUAUUCGUUAUCGGGAUCAUCGGGUGCUUGGAUUUCUGGUGAAAACAGGCUUGGGGCAUAGAGAACUGAGCUAAAGCUAAGACAGGAUUACUUCAGUGUAAACAUAUUUAAAAGUGUUUACCUUCCAACCACCAGACUCUCACUUCUGUUAGUUUCCGAGGAUUUACUCCCGAAUAAGGGCAUCAUGUGGGAGAAAGACCUCUUAGCCUGACGCUCUUUCUUAUCCCAAUAUGGAUAUUGAUAGUUCUCUUGAUACUUUUGCUUGUAAUCUUGAUGGGGGAUUACUGUAGGAGCUGAUUGUGCUUGUUCCUGAAACGUGAAAGAGAUGACUCCCAUCUCCAUCAUUCCCCUUUUACAAUCUCUACUGACCGUCUCAUCGUUCUUUGUUUGUUCUUUUUUCCUUAAGCUAGAGACCUUGAGUAGAAGAGAGAUGGCAACCAAAGUGAUUACGAUAGCUAUCAACAGUAGAAUUACGGCCAAUAUACAAAUCAUAUAACCGAGAAUAUCCUCGUGGCUCAUAAGCGGUAAUUACGGCAAGAGAAGGGGCUGCGAAGGGGGCCUGGCUGCCUCCUCAGGUCUGAUUCUGAGUCAGAGAUCGGACUCGAAGGAGGCAAGGGAACAACAUUCUCAGCGUCCGUUCAUGAAUCGCCUCUUCUUCCAAACUUUUCUAAUUCUUUAAUUUUCAGCAUCUGAAUCCGGCCUUUGCAAUUGGACAGCUCAAGAAAUUGCUGACUGGCCUCGAGAAGAAACCACAGCAAGUCAAGGAAUUCGCCUGA